AUGGAUAAUAUACCAAGGACACAUGAAGACAUUGAGGCACAAAUUGCCGACAUCCAAUCGAAGAAAAAGGAGGUGGCAAAAAAUGCCAGUGAUGGUGUUAGCCUUUUGGCUGCAGGAAAUUUCUAUGAUACGGAAUUCUAUGACGAGGGGGGUAAGAGUAAAAAUCGUUAUGAAGGCUAUAACACCUCAAUUGCGGCCAAUGAUGAUGUCGAUGAGGACGAAGAUGAAGGUUUGCCGGUGCAACAAAAACGUGUGGCCUAUACGGCACCCAAAUCGGUGAUGAAAGAUAUUAUGCAGAGUACCGAAGAUGUGGACCCUUUGGCGGAUCGCCGACGACCCACAAUUGCCGAUCGUGAGGAUGAAUAUAAACAAAAGCGUCGACGCAUUAUUAUCUCUCCCGAGCGAGCUGAUCCCUUUGCGGAUGGUGGUAAAACACCUGAUGUAGGUUCGCGAACCUAUACCGACAUUAUGAAGGAACAAAUGCUAAAGGGUGAAGAAAGUGAAUUGCGUAGGAAGAUUAUGGAAAAAUCGAAGGAUGGUACAUUGCUAAAGACUGUGCCAGAUCCACCCAAGGAGGGUGGGCGUAAACGUGGUCGUUGGGAUCAGACAGUGAGUGAUAGUUUUGUGCCAGCCAAGGUGGCGGCUACACCAAGCAGUGCUGCCACGCCCACAUGGGAGGAGAAAACUCCCGCCGAUCAUCGUUGGGAUGAGACACCAGCCCACAAAACCGGCAGUGAAACUCCUGGAGCCACUCCCGGCUUGGGUACACGUAUGUGGGAUGCCACCCCAGCCCAUAGCAUGACACCGGGUCAUGAAACACCCGGUCAUGAAAAAUCUGUACGACGUAAUCGUUGGGAUGAAACUCCCAAAACGGAGAGGGAAACUCCCGGCCAUAGUGGUUGGGCUGAGACACCAAAACCCGAUCGCGGCAUAAGUGAUAAUGUGGUAGUUGAAUCUACUCCCGGAGCCUCUAAACGCAGAUCUCGCUGGGAUGAAACACCUUCAAAUGCCACACCAACAGCCAUGACACCAAGCAUGACUCCCAGUAUGACACCACAUGCAACGCCUGGACAUGCCACACCAUUACUCACACCCGGUGGUUCAACACCCAUUGGUGUUAAGGCAAUGGCUAUGCAGACACCCACCCCGGGAGCCCUUGCUGCCAUGACUCCAGAGCAAUUGCAAGCCUAUCGCUGGGAAAAGGAAAUCGAUGAACGUAAUAGACCAUUCACCGAUGAAGAAUUGGAUCAAAUGUUCCCACCUGGCUAUAAGAUUCUGCCACCACCAGCCGGUUAUGUACCCUUACGUACACCGGGACGUAAAUUAAUGGCCACACCCACACCUAUUGCUGGUACUCCGGCUGGAUUCUUUAUCCAAGUGGAAGAUAAAAAUGCCAAAUUUAUGGAUAAUCAACCAAAGGGACAAAAUCUACCAUUUAUGAAACCUGAGGAUGCUCAAUAUUUCGAUAAACUGCUGGUAGAUGUUGAUGAGGAUACCCUGUCGCCUGAGGAAGUUAAGGAAAGGAAAAUCAUGAAGCUGUUGUUGACCAUUAAAAAUGGUUCACCACCCAUGCGUAAAUCGGCUUUGAGACAAAUUACCGAUAAGGCACGAGAAUUUGGUGCUGGUCCUUUGUUUAAUCAAAUUCUACCCUUGCUUAUGUCACCCACCUUGGAGGAUCAGGAGCGGCAUUUAUUGGUGAAAGUUAUUGAUCGAGUUUUGUACAAACUCGAUGACUUGGUGCGUCCUUAUGUCCACAAAAUUUUGGUCGUCAUUGAACCCUUGCUGAUCGAUGAAGAUUACUAUGCCCGUGUUGAGGGUCGUGAAAUUAUUUCCAAUCUUGCCAAGGCUGCCGGUUUGGCUACUAUGAUUUCCACUAUGCGUCCCGAUAUUGAUAACAUAGAUGAGUAUGUACGUAACACCACAGCAAGAGCCUUUGCUGUUGUUGCCUCGGCGUUGGGUAUACCUUCGUUGUUGCCUUUCUUAAAGGCCGUAUGUAAAUCGAAGAAAUCAUGGCAGGCUCGUCACACGGGUAUUAAAAUUGUCCAACAAAUUGCCAUUCUAAUGGGUUGCGCCAUCUUGCCUCACCUAAAGGCUUUGGUGGAAAUUAUUGAACACGGCUUGGUGGAUGAACAGCAGAAGGUGCGUACCAUCACAGCCUUGGCCAUUGCUGCUUUGGCCGAGGCAGCCACCCCAUAUGGUAUUGAAUCUUUCGAUUCUGUACUCAAACCCUUGUGGAAGGGUAUUCGUACCCAUCGUGGUAAAGGUUUGGCUGCUUUCCUUAAGGCCAUUGGUUAUCUUAUUCCCCUUAUGGAUGCCGAAUAUGCCAAUUAUUAUACUCGUGAAGUGAUGUUGAUUUUGAUUCGUGAAUUUCAAUCGCCCGAUGAGGAAAUGAAAAAGAUUGUCUUGAAGGUAGUGAAGCAGUGUUGUGCCACAGAUGGUGUGGAGGCCCAGUAUAUCAAGGAAGAAAUUCUGCCACAUUUCUUUAAAUUCUUUUGGAAUCAUCGUAUGGCCUUGGAUCGUCGUAACUACCGGCAAUUGGUCGAUACCACUGUGGAGAUUGCCAAUAAAGUUGGCGCCUCGGAGAUCAUCAAUCGCAUUGUCGACGAUUUGAAGGAUGAAAAUGAACAGUAUAGGAAAAUGGUAAUGGAAACAAUUGAGAAAAUCAUGGGCAACUUGGGGGCAGCUGAUAUCGAUUCGAGAUUGGAAGAACAAUUAAUUGAUGGUAUUCUCUAUGCCUUCCAAGAACAAACAACCGAAGAUGUGGUUAUGUUAAAUGGUUUUGGUACCAUUGUCAAUCAAUUGGGUAAGCGGGUGAAACCCUAUUUGCCACAAAUUUGUGGUACCAUCCUGUGGCGCUUGAACAACAAAUCGGCCAAGGUACGUCAACAGGCUGCAGAUUUAAUUUCCCGUAUUGCAGUGGUGAUGAAGACAUGUCAAGAGGAGAAGCUGAUGGGUCAUUUGGGUGUGGUACUCUAUGAAUAUCUCGGUGAAGAAUAUCCCGAGGUUUUGGGUAGUAUCUUGGGUGCUUUGAAGGCUAUCGUCAAUGUGAUUGGUAUGACCAAAAUGACACCACCCAUUAAAGAUCUAUUGCCUCGCCUAACACCCAUUCUUAAAAAUCGUCAUGAAAAGGUGCAGGAAAAUUGUAUUGACUUAGUUGGUCGUAUUGCUGAUCGUGGCCCCGAAUAUGUUUCGGCUCGAGAAUGGAUGCGUAUUUGUUUUGAACUGUUGGAAUUGUUGAAAGCCCACAAGAAGGCCAUUCGUCGUGCCACUGUCAAUACGUUCGGUUACAUUGCCAAGGCAAUUGGUCCUCAUGAUGUCUUGGCCACACUGUUGAAUAACCUCAAAGUACAGGAACGACAAAAUCGUGUCUGUACCACUGUGGCCAUUGCCAUUGUUGCUGAAACUUGUCGUCCCUUCACGGUGCUGCCUGCCCUAAUGAAUGAAUAUCGUGUUCCCGAAUUGAAUGUUCAAAAUGGUGUCCUCAAAUCACUCUCCUUCCUCUUUGAAUACAUCGGUGAAAUGGGUAAAGAUUACAUUUAUGCUGUAUGCCCCCUGCUGGAAGAUGCUCUUAUGGAUCGUGAUUUGGUACAUCGUCAGACAGCGUGUGCGGCCAUUAAACACAUGUCAUUGGGUGUUUAUGGUUUUGGCUGUGAAGAUGCAUUAGUCCAUCUGCUCAACUAUGUUUGGCCUAACAUUUUUGAAACAUCGCCACAUUUGGUUCAGGCCUUUAUGGAUGCUGUUGAGGGUUUGCGUGUCUCAUUGGGUCCUAUUAAAAUUUUACAAUAUACUCUGCAGGGUCUAUUCCAUCCGGCCCGCAAGGUGCGAGAUGUCUAUUGGAAAAUCUACAAUUCCCUAUACAUUGGUGGACAAGAUGCUCUUAUCGCUGGUUAUCCUCGUAUCACAAAUGACCCCAAGAAUCAAUAUGAACGUUACGAAUUAGAUUAUACGCUAUAA